CAGAUGGCAGGACGGACAUGGUUGGCUAUUUUGCUAGCUGCUGUUGUGAUUUGCUAUAUUUACUUUGACGGCUAUGACCCAGAAUCCUUGAGGGGAGCCCGAGUCAUUGUGACGGGCUGCAGUACCGGUAUCGGGGAGCAGAUGGCGUACCACUACGCAAGGCUGGGGGCAAAGGUCAUCAUCACAGCUAGGAGGGAGGCACGACUUAAAGAGGUUGUGGCUAAGAUGAAGGACCUGGGAGCCCAGGAGGCCAUCUAUGUAGCAGGAGACAUGGGGAAAGCAGAAGACUGUGAGAGAACCAUCCAAACUGCCAAGGAAAAGUUUGGUGGGCUGGACAUCCUUAUGUUAAACCACAUGGGGUCAAGUUUUAAGAAGGGAGGCCCUUUUCUAUGGGAUGGAGACAUGGCGUUCAUAGAAGACUUCACCAACAUCAACUACCUGUCCUACGUACGACUGGCCUCGCUGGCUCUACCCAUGUUAGAACAGAGCAAUGGUAGUGUGGUGGUGGUGUCAUCAGGUUUAGGUAAAGUAACAAGUACUUUCGUCUCCUACUACUCUGGCGCAAAGUUUGCGCUUGACGGAUUCUUCGGAUCUUUGCGACAGGAGCUUCAACUGAAGAAGGUUGACGUGUCAAUCACACUGGUCGUUCUGGGCAUGGUGGACACAGAACAGUCCAUGAACUCAGCAAAGGUCAUGGGACUUCUUGACGUUGCAAAAAUGAUAGCGUACUCAGCGGAGGAUGCUGCCAUGGCAAUUAUACGCGGUGGCGCCACCCGGCAACGGGAGCUGUACUACCCGUGGAUGAUGGUGUGGCCAUUGACCAAACUCCGAGCCGUCUUUCCAGAACUUCUCGAUUGGUUGGAACUUCAAAAAACUGUUCCAAAAUAACAGUCUAGGAUAUACAAGAAAGAUAUGUGACUGCCAGAAAUAAAAUUUGCUACUGUAACCCUUGUGUUGGAAUAAAGUUCAAUGUUUUACUAAA